CCGGCGGCUUCCUCUUUCUCCGUGGCUGUGGGGAAGGCCGCUUUGUAGAGGCAAAGGCUGUGCCACAAUCCGCUUCCAUCGGCUCUGAAGACGCUCGAUUUCCAGUUGCAAUGACGGAGCAGAUGACCCUUCGCGGGACCCUAAAGGGUCAUAAUGGCUGGGUGACACAAAUCGCCACUACCCCGCAAUUUCCAGACAUGAUUCUCUCAGCGUCCCGAGAUAAAACUAUCAUCAUGUGGAAACUAACUCGGGAUGAGACUAGCUACGGUGUCCCUCAACGUUCCCUCCAUGGUCAUUCUCACUUUAUUAGUGACGUGGUCAUUUCUUCUGAUGGUCAGUUUGCCCUCUCUGGCUCCUGGGAUGGAACCCUACGACUUUGGGAUUUGACAACGGGCUUAACUACCCGUCGAUUUGUUGGUCACACCAAGGAUGUUCUGAGUGUUGCCUUUUCGGCAGAUAAUCGCCAGAUUGUGUCUGGUUCCCGUGAUAAAACAGUUAAACUAUGGAACACCCUGGGAGUUUGCAAAUAUACCAUUCAGGAUGAAUGCCACUGUGAAUGGGUUUCGUGUGUUCGCUUCUCACCAAAUAGCAGUAAUCCCAUCAUUGUUUCCUGUGGUUGGGAUAAACUGGUUAAGGUUUGGAACCUAGCCAAUUGCAAACUGAAAACAAAUCAUAUUGGACAUGCUGGUUACCUGAACACCGUUACUGUUUCCCCUGAUGGAUCCCUGUGUGCUUCAGGUGGCAAGGAUGGACAGGCCAUGUUGUGGGACCUGAAUGAGGGAAAACAUCUGUACACCCUGGAUGGUGGUGACAUCAUCAAUGCCUUGUGCUUCAGCCCAAAUAGGUACUGGCUGUGUGCUGCCACUGGGCCAAGCAUUAAAAUUUGGGACCUGGAAGGAAAAAUCAUAGUGGAUGAAUUGCGACAGGAAGUAAUUAGCACCAGCAGUAAAGCAGAGCCUCCACAGUGUACAUGCCUGGCUUGGUCUGCGGAUGGACAGACAUUGUUUGCUGGCUACACGGACAACCUUAUCAGAGUCUGGCAGGUCACCAUUGGAACAAGAUGAAGUGCAUUUUGCAAGAUGAAGAAUCUUUUGGGCUGAUUCAAAAUAAAAUAUUGCUACUUUUCAACUGA